AUGGACGGUGAUAAUCAUGGCUAUAUACCAGAUGAUGUCGACUUCGAUGGUUUAUUGAAUAAUGCUCCUGUUUGGCCAAAUACCGCAGAACAAUAUGGAUUCCAGCAGCAGCAAACCCAGCCUCAGCCACAACAACAACAGCAGCAGCAGCAGCACAUACAAGCAGAUCCAUAUGCUAGAUAUUCUACCAAUCAACCUUCUUAUGGACAGCAGUAUGAUCUCUCUCAUCAACAACAUUCAUACAAUUCUCUAUCAUACUCAAGCAAUCCUGCAUAUUCUGCUCAGUACCAACAUGUUGGACCAUCAGAUUUGUUCGGUCCUCCCUCUUACAGCCUCGAUCCUUCCAUGCAAGAAUCAAGCUCAUAUCAUGGAGCUCAAACAUCUUUCCCGUAUCAACAAAAUGCUCCCCAACAUCCCACAAUUUCACCUCAAACUCUUCAGUAUAAUAGCAUGCUGGCUCAACAGCAGUUGAAUAGUGGGAUCGCGUCGGCUGCGUUUCAACGAUCAAAUAGUGGAAUCGGUAGUAAACCUGAUUAUAGCUAUGGUCGAAGGGCACAAACUAAUGACAACCAUUUCUUCAAUCAACCUCAGAAUGGUAUUGUGCCCCAAAAAAUGAGCCAGAGCUUAUCCAACAAUACUGUGCAGUAUCCUCCCAUUGCCGCAGAUCUUGGUCCAAAGGAGGAGGUGGAGCAACAUGUCCCGCUUGAAGAGAAGUACCCCGUCGCGGCACCCGCUGCUGCUACUCCUCCUCGUCAACGAGAGAAUGCUCCCGAAUACAAACUUGUUGCUCCGGCACCGAACCCACUCCGAAUCACUCAUCCAAAUCUUGUUGCGAACAAUACCUCUUCAAGACCUCGGUUCCCGUAUGCUCCAUUCGUUUCAUGGGAAGAUACGCCUAUACAAGUUCCUCCUGGACUAAAAAAUACCAUUCCAAAGUUUCACCCGAGGAAAUCAAGAAGUGGAAAAGAGCUUGUAGUGGGGCUAAUUAAAUCAAGUGAGUAUCAUUGGACACCUUUUUGUACCUCAAUAUUGAUAUCUCGGUUAGAAACUUCAACGCCUGCCAAAAUCUCACAGAAAAUUCGCGUCCCAAGGGAAAAGAAAACACACGUUAGCACUUACAAAGGCACCGGCAGAUCGGCGUUUGAUAAAGAUUUCAAUGUACGUGCCGAUGGUACAAGCACACCAAAUAAGUCUCCUGCAACAUCCACGGAAUCAAGCUCUUCAGAGGAAGAAUCAAGUUCGGAAGAAGAAUCUGAAUAUGAAGACGAUAAUGAAGAAGAGAUGCCACCGCCAAUAGAUAUCAGUACUGUUCGUGAACUCACGCGUCCCAAUGAUAUCCCUAAUGCUGCCCGAUGGGAUGCCAUAGGAAUCAUCUGGAAGGAUCCCAAUUCCACUCCAAGUGCGGCUGCUAUUACAAGUGCUAUGAACGAUUAUGCCAAUACGGUUAUUGCGCUUCGAACUCAAAUCAAGGAAACUGCUGCAAAGAUCGAAGAAGUGACCACAUCUAAAGCUCCCGAAGCACAAAUACAAAAACUCAAGACGCUUCGUUCCGAACAAGUUGAUGCCCUCUAUCAGACAAUUGAGGCGGCAAACAAGCUUGGCUACGGUCCAAUCGUUGAGAAUCUUGGUGGUCAUCAAAAGUUAGUAAGUGGUCUAACAGCCACACUCAUCGAAUGUACGAAAACAGAGGACUAUCUUGGUAAACUUCCACGGGCUGUAUUCGCUUUACUUGCCAAAUUUCAAACACUUACAGAAGACCUACUCAAGAAGAGUAAAUUUGAUGCUCUUGCAAAGCGUUGGAAUAAGAAAGGAGAUCAAGAAAUCAAGGAUUACAUUAAGAUUAUAAUAGAGAGCACAACCGACGCAAAGGAAAGAGCUUCUAAGAUAGAGCAGACAACGUCUAGUGUUGAAGACACCAAGAAGAAGCUUGAAAAGAUAGAACAAAUUAAAUCUCGAGCUGAAACCAUAAAGCCCACAGCGACUAGUCAAGGUUCGAAGAGACCUCAUGAAGGAGAUAGCACCAAUGGCAAACCAAAUAAAAAGUUCGCUACUGAUGUUUCCGGUGCCCCUACUUCGACAUCAAAAUUACCCCCAAUACCCAAGAGACCAAAUGCCAAUCUUCUUGGCAUUUCUUCGAAACCAACUCCAAAGCCUACUCCGAAGGUUGCUCCACCCAAGAAGAAGGAACCAUCCCCACCAAUAUCAUCCAGACUAGGAGACAUCUUAGCCAGCAUUGAAAAGCCACCUGAGCCACCAAAGAAGGCUGCACCGGCGGCUGGACCUCCAGAGACCGCAGAGGAAAAGAAGAGACGUGAGCGAAAAGAAAGUCGACGACAUCUCAGAGUCAAAUUCAAGCCAGAUGAUGAGCUUGAGCAAAUUCGUUUGUUCAAACAUGAAGUGGCAGAAGAUGAGGGACGACAAGAUAACAUGUUGAGAGAUGCACAUAAUAAUCAUUCUGAAGGUAUGAUGCAUAAGCAACGUGUUAAGGUUACAGAUGACGAAGAUGAUGAACCUAUGUCCGCUACGAUUGAAGAACGACCUUAUCCUAAUCUGGUUGAAGUUGACCUUUCCAACCUUGAUAAAAACACUACUUAUGGUCCAAGUUACAUCACCAGAGGCGGAAAUGUCAAGUUUGUUACCCCAGAGCAACAAGUACAAGAGCGACGAGAGGCCAAUGAGUUACUUGUUAUCUAUAAUGAUCCUUCGGAAAUUCCACCUUCUGCGAAAGAACCAUCUUCUGCAAAUAACGCCGCUACUACCAUGGCAAAACAAUUGAAGUAUCCAAGUGCCCCUUGGUUGAUACAAAGGCUACAUGACAUCCAUCAGUAUGGUCCAGAUUAUGCACGUACUCUCGCGAUUAGUCGUCUUGAAGAAAGAAAGUACAAAGAAAUGCGAGACAACCAGGCCCGUGGUUUCACACAAAAUGCUUCAAACUCAAAUGAUGUCUCUUCAACUUUACAACAACUUGGUGGAGUACCAAAAUCUAACGCCAUCAUGGACGCAGCAUGGGAUAACUUGCAACGUGUUGUCGCGACAUUGAAAGGAAAGCCAUACCCAGCUAUCGAACCACCUGAAUGGAUGAACGAAGCUCAAAAGAAGGACUGGUGGGAUGGUUAUAAUAAGGAUCACCCUAAUGCUGCAGAAGAGAGGUUUCUUGCUCAAAUGCAAGCUCCUCAAGCACCGCCCGCACCACCAAUGGUACCUGCUAUGCCAACUCCCCAAAUGCAGAAUUAUCAACCACAAAUGAGUCAGCCAGUUAUGAAUUAUCAAGCGCCUGUUCCAGACGUCAACCAACAGGUUCAACAGUACCUUGCUGGUUUGACUGGUGGUAGUAAUAUGAGUGUAGAUAAUACUUCACCAGCUACUCAACAAUUCGAUUUCAGCGCUUGGUCCAACAAUCCUGCACUUCAAAGCUACGCACCAUCCCUUACCAACGACAGCUCCUCGUCACGACAAUGGGCAUCCGGAUAUCAAAACGUUGAGAAUCGGGAAUCUCGAGGAGGAAAGAACAACCAUUUCAACGAUAACUGGAAGCGAAAAAAGGGUUCGGAAUGGAAGAAAGAUUCAAAGUGGGAACCAUUAGAUGAAAAUGGAAAUUACAAGGGCAAAAAACAGCCAUGCAAGUUUUGGGGUGAGGGAAAAUGUGCUAAGGGUGCUGCUUGUACUUAUUCACAUGAACCUGAGGAUCAGGGAAUGGGUGGAGGUAAUGGACGUGAUCGUUAUUGA